GGAUACGGGGCACCUCAACGUGAUUGUUAACAUCCUCCCUUUUCCGAGGAAACUAACAAGCGGAAGCGAUAUCUUUAAUCGCUUUUUAUUUUGAAUUCUUAUCAAUUUUUCUUGGUAAACAGAUUUGUCGUAACGAAAUUAUUGUAUAGAAAGUCGAAUUAUCCGUUGGAAUAUUUGGUUUUUUUUACGAAAAAUGGGCAAACAUAUGCAAACUGUUGCUGCCAUGGCAUGCAUGAAAACUCUGUUGAUGAUUUUCAAUACAGUAUUUUGGAUUACCGGGGUAGUUAUAUUAGCUAUUGGAGUAUGGGUUGAGGUGGAAUUAUACAAAUAUAUGGAAAUGAGUACCGCCUUUAGUCAUACAACUUCGUAUGUUUUAAUAGUGACAGGAUUCCUUAUUAUCCUCGUGGCUUCGUUAGCUUGUUGUUGCACAAUUAAAGGACAGAUAAAACUUCUGUAUGUCUACAGUGUUUUUUUGGCUAUAAUAUUCGUUGUGGAGCUCGGAGCAGGUAUUUCGAUAUUUACGUACCGUACAAAAUUGACGGAAGGUUUCGAUAAUGGGAUUACGCAAGCCAUGGAAAACUAUCGGAACGACAGCACGCAUUUAGCUGAAGAUUUCGAUCUGAUGCAAGAAACGUUAAAAUGUUGCGGAAAUCACGAACCAAGAGACUGGUUGGAUUUGACUCCUUCUGAACCUAUACCACAAUCUUGUUGUAUUCAAGAGAACUGUAAUACCGAUAAAGAAGAUCAAAUUUACGAUCAGGGAUGUUAUACGAAAAUAAUCGAAUUUUUGAAUAACAACGUGGGAAUCGUUGCUGGUGUCGCCGUUGGAAUAGCUUUCUUUCCAUUAGUAGGAGUUCUGUUAUCUUGCUGUUUAGCAAAUGUCAUAAAGAAAGCAAAAUAUGAACCGAUGGCUUGAAUUUACAACUUUAAAUUCCAGUCAUUAUGAGUAUGCUUAAGUUUCGUGAAUGUAUACAUAUUUAACCUACGCUUAUUUAUAUUGAGCCAACCUUAUAAAAAAAUUAUUGGAUAUCCGCCUACGAAAACCAAGGUUGGCUUCAAAAAAUUUAUAUAUCAGUGUAAAUCAGUAGAAUAUCUUAACUAAACUGCUGAAAAUAGCCCAAAAUAAUAUUUUUUUAUUGUAUACUAAAAAUAGGUAAAACAAAAACGAAACAAUUUUUAAAAAUUUGGUAAAUUAUUCCACCUUAUAUCAUAAACUUGGUUUUAUAGAGACGGAUUCCCAUUUAUAUCUCGUUUUAUUCAAUUAUGAAAACUUUAUGUACAAAAUUCUUGUUAUCAGUAUAAUCAUUGUAUUCUGACCGCUUGUCAACCAAAAUCUUACAACUUAGUUUAUUGAUUCAAAUAAUUACUUGAGUUUUGUAAAUAUAUUCAUAUUUAACCUACGAUUAUUUAUAUUGAGCCAGCCUUGUAAGAAAAUUAUUGGAUAUCCGCCUACGAAAACCAAGGUUGGCUUCAAAAAAUUUAUAUAUCAGUGUAAAUCAGUAGAAUAUCUUAACUAAACUGCUGAAAAUAGCCCAAAAUAAUAUUUUUUUAUUGUAUACUAAAAAUAGGUAAAACAAAAACGAAACAAUUUUUAAAAAUUUGGUAAAUUAUUCCACCAUAUAUCAUAAACUUGGUUUUAUAGAGACGGAUUCCCAUUUAUAUCUCGUUUUAUUCAAUUAUGAAAACUUUAUGUACAAAAUUCUUGUUAUCAGUAUAAUCAUUGUAUUCGGACCGCUUGUCAACCAAAAUCUUACAACUUAGUUUAUUGAUUCAAAUAAUUACUUGAGUUUUGUGAAUAUAUUCAUAUUUAACCUACGAUUAUUUAUAUUGAGCCAGCCUUGUAAGAAAAUUAUUGGAUAUCCGCCUACGAAAACCAAGGUUGGCUUCAAAAAAUUUAUAUAUCAAUGUAAAUCAGUAGAAUAUCUUAACUAAACUGCUCAAAAUAGCCCAAAAUAAUAUUUUUUUAUUCUGUAGUAAAAAUAUGUAAAACAAAGACGAAACAAUUUUUAAAAGUUCAGUAAAGCAUUCCACCAAAUAUCAUAAACUUGGUUUUAUAGAGACGGAUUCCCAUUUAUAUCUCGUCUAUUCAAUUAUGAAAACUUUAUGUACAAAAUUCUUGUCAGCCAAAAUCUUACAACUUAUUUUAUUGAUUCAAAUAAUUACUUGAGUUUUGUGAAUAUAUUCAUAUUUAACCUACGAUUAUUUAUAUUGAGCCAACCUUGUAAGAAAAUUAUUGGAUAUCCGCCUACGAAAACCAAGGUUGGCUUCAAAAAAUUUAUAUAUCAUUGUAAAUCAGUAGAAUAUCUUAACUAAACUGCUCAAAAUAGCCAAAAAUAAUAUUUUUUUAUUCUGUAGUAAAAAUAUGUAAAACAAAGACGAAACAAUUUUUAAAAGUUCAGUAAAGCAUUCCACCAAAUAUCAUAAGCUUGGGUUUAUAGAGACGGAUUCCCAUUUAUAUCUCGUCUAUUCAAUUAUGAAAACUUGAUGUACAAAAAUUUAAUUAUCAGUGUUUUUUCUCGAAUUAUCUUCUCGAUUAUAAUUAUUAUACAAAUAUAAAAUUAAAAAUAUGAAGUGGAUUUAACAUUAGCUAUAUUAUCUCUUCGAUUAUUUAAGUAAUAAGAAGAAAAAAGAUUAAAAACUUUAACUAAAAGGCACAUUGUAUUCAUAAUUCUUGCACUCUUACUCUACUAAUGUAUUUUUUCGUAUCUUAAAUAAGUGUAUGAAUAUAUACGAUUGUGAUCUUCGUUUUUUUUUUUGAGGUUAUAUACCGAGUUAAAAAAGGUGAACGACAACGAAAGAUUUUAUUCGCUUUCUUGGUAUUCACAAUAUUCAAUACAGUCAUUUUGGCACAAGAAUUAGCAAAAAAAUUAACGACUCACUUAUUUUUUUUCCAAUUUAACACAAAUUGAUUCCUAUAUUUGAAUGUAUGUUGACGAUCUCUGCAUAAUUUUAUUUUUGGAUGGAUAUUUGGGGAUCUACUGAGAAAGCAUUUUAAUGGAUUAUAUUUAAAGAUUACAAAAAAGCUCUAGGAAGCAAUUCAAUGUUUGCAUUUCUCUUAUUAUAGUAGAUGUUAGCUAUUACAAUUUCAAAAAUGAAAAAAAAAAACGUUCAUAAAUACGUAUUUCCGGCCUAAAUUUUCCUAUUUCUACAAAAAUAUAUCUCUACAUAUAAAUAUUUUGAAAAAAAACAAAUUAUAUCCAAUGUAGCUCUAACAAUGUAUUAAAAAAUUUAAAAUUAGUGUCAAUUCAUUGUUAUAAUUGAGCUUUAAAUAUCAAAAUACUUUGAAUGGUGCUAAUAGAGGUGAGACAGUUAUUUUUUUACGUUUAAACACGUGAAAAAAAUCUAUUUUCAAUAUAAUUCAAUAUAAAAAAGAAUCGUAAUUAAAUUUUUUUUUGGAGGAAUAUUUAGGGAAGUCUAUCUUCCUCCUAACUGAUCUUUAAUUAGUUGUCCUGCCAUCUAUUGUUAAGUAUAUAAAUCAACUUAAUUACGUAAUUUAUUAUGAUGAAUUUAGAAAGGAAUUAAUUAAUUGUGCAUUACAUAAAUAUAAAAUCUGUUAACUGAACCAUUAAUAUGUUUAUUAUAUAUUUAAAGAAACGCUGUUAUGCGAAUCAAUGUACUUUUUAAUACUUUCUAUUUUUUGUGCUUUGUAAGACGGACGUUUCUUGUCAAUAUCACACUAUACACGCACAUCGAUAAAUUUAAUUUUAUCAACAACAUUGCUCACAUGAAAUCUAUAAUAAAAAAAAAACCUUAUUAAUGAGAAUAUGCAUUUGAUAUUUAGUUCAAUUGAAAGAAUUUAAUGAUGUUAACAACUAUUUACAUUUAAAUCAAUUUUAUAUAAAUUGUAAUGUCUUAUAUGUAACUUAUGUAUUUUUGAAUAUAUUAUAUAUUAUUAUAC